AUGGUGGACGAGGAGGCCGAGGAGGCGAAGGUCCUGUUCGGACUUGGGAGGCAAGCCACGGUGCUCCCGUGUAGAUGCUCCUGGAGGUACCUUGCUGAGUUUAAGUCAGGUGCAGAGAGGAAGGAUGCUAUGGAGAGCACCAUGAAUGCUUACAAAGCUGCUCAGGAUAUUGCUCUAGCUGAUCUGGCUCCAACCCACCCCAUCAGGCUUGGGCUUGCUCUCAACUUCUCAGUGUUCUACUAUGAGAUCCUGAACUCUCCUGAUCGUGCUUGCAACCUUGGAAAACAGGCUUUUGAUGAGGCAAUCUCUGAGCUAGACAGCCUGGGAGAGGAGUCCUACAAGGACAGCACUCUGUUCAUGCAGCUUCUGCGUGACAACUUGACCCUAUGGACUUCCGACACCAACCCAGAAAAGAAGGAUAUGCUUGGCAUGCAAGAACAGCAUUCUGCUUUCGUGUGGAAAAUCAUCGAGCUGCAUGACAGAUAUGUAGCUUAUGUGACAGAAUGUUUCCAGGGACAUACACUCUUCCAUAAGGUCUUCAACUGA